AUGACCGCCCGCGCACUGCAGCACCAGUCGCACUUCACCUGGCAGUCUCGUUGCGCGCCGCGCUCCACGGGGGACGAGCUGCCCGGGAAGUGGCGCGAGCGUGCAGCGCAGCACCGAGCGCUGUGCCCGGUGCUGCAGGGCCAAAGACCGCCCAAGCCGCAGCACGUGGCAUAUGCGAAGGCGGCCGCGCCGGACGCCGAGCUCGAGAGCCUCAACCAUGUUGCGGAGGUGCAGGGAGUUGCGAUUGCCGAACGAGCCGAAGGCGAGGAGUUGGACGGCGACUGGGGCGCUUUGUCCCGGGUGGAGAUCUCCCGCUACAUCUCCCGGCGCAGCGCCGGGCUGGCGCUGAGCGCCGAGUCCUCGCGCCAGCGCCGCGCGGCGGCCGCCGCGCGCGAGUGGACAGAAGUCCCGGGCGCGCACGCGGAUGUGAUCGAGGGGCUGGAGGAUGCGGAGGCGUGGAAGGUGGCUUUGGAGGCCAUCGCCUUCGAAAGGACUCAUUUGAGGCGGGGGACUUCGAACUCGUGGCCUGACGCCUUGUGGUCCCCGUCCUGCUUGAGCCCGGAGGCGGCAGAGGACCUGGAGGCCAAGAUUUGUGGCUUCCUGACACUGGAGGCUGGCCGACUGAGCCAGUGCAAGGCGCUGCCGGUGGCGGUGCUGCUGCGGCAUUUGCAGUGCGACUGCCGCGCCGCGCGCGGCGAUUUGCGGGGCGCGGCCGAGGCCUUGGCGGGGGCCGUGGCCCAGGAGACGGGCGCGGACCCGCUGCGCCCCCCGCUGCUCUUCGGCUGGGAGGACUCGCUGAGCUGCGACUACCUCAAGGCGCAGCACUGCGCGCGUCUGGCGCGCCUGGCCUUCCUGGCGGCCGAAGCAGCUCGAGAGACUGCGGAGGCAGGUGUCGUGUGA